UAGUCAAAAUAAUUACCAGUAACAGCUGUGGCUGUAGCAAGUUAGUUGUGCAUGCAAGCACAUAUAAGUUGUGACGAUCUCUGAUAACCGAUUUACUUCUACAGACUAGGGCUCAGAACGCAAUUGAAAUAAUGUGCGGGAGCGCAUCUUCCUAUCUAAUUGAAGACGCAACAGUAACAACAAAAAGAAAUUGAAAGGAAAAAAAAAACAAAACAAAAAAAAACAAAACUGAAAAGAAAACAAAACGCAAUGCUGAGAGUGUGAAGAGUGCAGAGCGAAAGAGAGGGCAGCGACAAAUUGAGGCAAGACAGCAGGCGCGCGUUCUUUGUUGCAAAUUAUAGUUGGCUGCGAUCCGAACCAUUCCACACCAUUCCAAUAAGCGUGCGGGGAUCCGUCGUCGACAAUAGCUGCAAGACAGAGCUCCGAUGCGGACGUGCCGCAACCGAAAGCUCUCUUUCUAAGCGGGAAAUAAUAACGGGACAACAGCAGCAGCAGCAGCAGCAUCGUAGCACACAAAUCAGUAGCAUCGGCAUCAGGGCGCCAUGUCGGCGGUCAACAAUCAAAAGGAGAGCCCCAGUCGGGACUCGACAGCUUCCACAUCCGGUCACAUUUCCAUGCUGGCGGACAACACGAUGGGAUCACUGUCCCGAGACUAUAGCCUGGGCAGCCUGAACUCGACCGGAAGCCAGGACGAGUUCUUCCGGUGCCGGGAUCAUGCCGACAAUAUCCUCAAGAAGAUGCAGCUCUACAUGGACAGCCAGCAGCUGUGCGACGUAGUCCUGAUCGCGGGCAUCGAUGGCAAGCGAGUGCCUGCUCACCGUUUGGUGCUAUCGGCGUCGAGCGCCUACUUCUCCGCCAUGUUCACCGGAUCGCUGCGCGAGACCAAGGAACAGGAGGUAACCCUCGGCGAGGUGCACGGCGAUGCACUGCAUCUGCUGGUGCAAUAUUGCUACACCGGAUUCAUCGAGAUGCGCGAGGAUACGGUGGAGACGCUGCUGGCCACCGCCUGCCUCCUUCAGCUCAAUUCUGUAGUCACUGCCUGCUGCAACUUCCUCGCCCGCCAGUUGCAUCCGUCGAACUGCCUGGGAUUCGCCUUCUUUGCGGAGCAGCAGAGCUGCACCACCUUGCUGCGCUUGGCCCAGGCCUAUACCUGCCAGUACUUCACACAAGUGUGCCAGAACCAGGAGUUCUUCCAGCUAAACGCCGACCAGCUGGGUAAGCUGCUGUGCAGCGAUGAUCUCAACGUGCCCACGGAGCAGGAAGUCUUCCACAGCCUUAUGUCUUGGGUGCGUCACGAUUCCCCCGCCAGGGAGCAGCAUAUCCCCGAGCUGCUGGCCUUGGUACGACUCCCCUUGUUGCAGCCCGGGUUCAUCAUGGAUCAUGUGGAGAACGUCUGCAAUGCCAACGAGUGCCAGCAGCUGGUGAUGGAGGCCUUCAAGUGGCACUUGAUGCCCGAGCGCAGAUCCCGGAUCGCCACCGAACGCACCACACCGCGCAAGUCGACGGUGGGUCGCCUCUUGGCUGUCGGGGGCAUGGAUGCCCACAAGGGCACCAUUAGCAUUGAGAGCUACUGUCCGCGGCUGGACAAGUGGACACCUUGGAAGCACAUGACCGGCCGUCGGCUGCAAUUCGGCGCCGCCGUUAUGGAGGAUAAGCUUAUAUUAGUCGGUGGCAGGGAUGGACUGAAGACCCUGAACACUGUGGAGAGUCUGGACCUGAAUACGAUGACCUGGGCACCGCUGAAUGCAAUGGCCACGCCGCGUCAUGGCCUAGGAGUGGCGGUGCUGGAGGGUCCGCUAUAUGCCGUGGGCGGACACGAUGGCUGGAGUUACCUGAACACAGUGGAGAGAUGGGAUCCCGUGGCGCGCACCUGGAGCUAUGUGGCUCCCAUGUCUUCAAUGCGUUCUACUGCUGGAGUGGCCGUACUGGGUGGUCGCCUGUAUGCGGUGGGAGGACGCGAUGGAUCUGUCUGCCAUCGCUCCAUCGAAUGCUACGAUCCGCACACCAACAAAUGGAGUCUUCUGGCGCCGAUGAAUAGACGCCGCGGCGGCGUGGGCGUAACGGUGGCCAAUGGCUUCUUGUACGCUCUGGGCGGUCACGACUGCCCGGCCAGCAACCCCAUGGUGUGUCGCACGGAGACGGUGGAGCGUUACGAUCCAGCCACCGAUACUUGGACAUUGAUCUGCGCUUUGGCUCUGGGACGAGAUGCCAUUGGUUGUGCCCUGCUCGGCGAUCGCCUAAUUGUCGUUGGCGGCUACGACGGCAACCAGGCCCUGAAGAACGUCGAGGAGUACGAUCCGGUGCGCAACGGAUGGAACGAACUGGCGCCGAUGUCGUUCGCCAGAGCCGGCGCCUGUGUGGUGGCCAUUCCGAAUGUCAUACCGCCGGCGGCCCACCAGCCACCGCCCAGUGCUACAAAAAAGAAGAAGUGGAAGCCUGUGAGAUUGGAUCCAAUCUGCUACAGUAGGCGUCCGAGAUCGGUCGAGUUUGUCGACUUCUAUAACAUGUAAAUGCAAAAACACAGAAAACAAACAAACAGACAACCAACAAUCAAACUAAACAAACUAUAAACAUUUAAGACGCCCAUCUGGGGAAACAGAAAUGAAAAUUAUUUUACAAAAACCAAAAAAAAACAAAAAAAGGAAGAAAAACAAACAAUUCCCAUUGACUUUAAUCAAAAUGGAAGUGUAAUUCAAAUAUUAUAUUAUUUUAUAUUUACACAUAUAUAUAUUUUUACACAAAACAUACACUAUGCAUAAAUGUAUACCCUGAAUAUGUAUUUUUUGUAAUAAAAAACAAGACGUGCAGCUGCCAGUGCAAGAAUAAAGCCCGAAAUCUGAAAGGA